UAAGGUUAGAUAUCGACGUCAGUAUUCCAUCAUGCAUAACGAACCCUUUCUAAAGAAUUUGGCUGCGUCAUACAUUUUUCAUGAUUGCAAGAAAUGCAUGGUGUCAGAACGUGGUGUCGCGAAAGAUUGCUGUUCGCCUUGUAGGGCACGUGCAUCUUCCCCUUAAAAUGGAUUUCCCCGCCCAGUCGUCCCACUAUUCUAGCCAUUUUGACUCCUGGAUAAUCAUCGUAUCUGGUCUAUAAGACGACCUUGAUCCCAACUAUCUCAUUGAGUCAUUGCACAUUGUAAUCGAUCAUGACUUGUCUCCGUGGAAACAUGAAGACCAUGAAUGAUGAUGCAAAUCACUGUUGACGAAAGUCCGGCUUGGUCCAAUCUAGCGGACCAAACAGAUCAAUGUGAAAAUGUCACUGUGGCACAAAACCCCUCCACCUCGAUCCUGGAUUAUACAAUGAUCCUGAUUCCAAUAUCUUUUCGAGCUGCGAGAUGAUCUCGAAUGUGACAAAACUUGUUUGCAUAGAUGCUUCUCGGAUCUCGUCAAUAUGAUGUCAUAAUGUAAAAUGAUAUUAAGGGGCUGGAUAGUGGAUGAUAAUUUGCAUGAGAUGGGUGCGGAUAGUAGUUUAGUAAAUGAGGAAAGAUUUGUGUUCAUGCUUAGAUAAUCCAUAAGCAUUUUCCAUCUGUGUUGAUGAUUGGUAAUAAAUUUGUGGUUAACCUUAGUAAGCUAUUCUCGCGUAUUAUCAACGCGGCUGAUAACAGAUAACGACGCGUCAAGGCAAUGAUAGAUUGAUUAGUCGAUUGACCUGCUACUUAAGUAUAUACAACACAAUUUACCUAUUACGACUUAGACAACAAUAAUCCGAAUCUGGAAGGAAAAUGCCUUCAAAACAAAAGUCAAAACCAAAAGGAAGUGCACCUGCAACUCGAAUAUACAAAUCGGUCGAACCAUUACAUCAAACUACAUUUCCAGAGAAGAAGAAGCGUGUAACUAGGGGUUAUGGCAAGAAAUCUGCGGUCAAGCUUAAUAAACAGGAUACACUUACGCAGAUGGAUUGGGUGAAACUCUAUGAAAGAGAAGCACUAGAAAAAGAAAUAGAAGAUGAUAUCGAGGAUAGUGAAGGGGAUUAUGAGCAAGAGGAAUCCAAACGAAAGACGAAACGAAGGAGGACUAUGGGUGAUGAACCAACCAUGGGGAGGACAAAAACGUCAAAGAAUAGAAGGAAAACUCUGGGGGAAGAAGAAAGGACACCUAGUUUCUCGACACAAACGAUUACACAGCUUGAUUAUUGGCCACUUUCUGGAGCAUCAAAAGAACUAGAAGACGAUCCUUCAAUUUACGAUAUUCCUGUAUCCAGCCCGACAGCAGUUCAGCCACCUCGACGGAGCCCCAGAAAUAUUUCCCAACCUGCUACUUCCGCUUCUACUGGAUUGAUGCCUCCACCACAAACACCAAAACACAGGAGGGUUUUAGAGAUCCCAUCAUCACAGUCACCCGCCACACCGACGUCAAGUCGAUUUGGAAGUUCUGCGCAAAGGCGGUCACCAUUAAGAGAACAAUCCGCAAACAUUGUAGUUCCAUUUUCCCUAAGAUCAAAGACUUAUAUGAGUGCUGAAAAGCUACCGAAAUUAAAGGUCGAGGAUACUUAUGAAACUGGGACGGAUGAAAGUCAAGUGGUUCGAACUCCUUCAAAGCAUUCAAGUCCACCGAAAACUGUAAGAUUUGCGGUGCCAGAGCCUAGUUUAGAGCCAUCACCGGUAAAUACUCCUAUAAAACAAGAACCUGCCACUCAGCGCGGCUUUUCGCCAUCAUCCAUACGUCGAGGAGGAAUUUCAGCGCCUAAGAAUAUCAAAUUGGAGAUUUUGGAUUCUGAUGCCGAGGAGGACGAAGAAGAUGAGGAAUCACAAAUUAUAGCAGACACACCCGUUGAAAGUAUUUCUGGCUACGAAGAUCAUACGAAUGUGGGAGAUGCAGAUGAGAAUAUAGCUGAGCCAGGACAGGACGAUACGCAAUCGAAUACUGGACAAAUAGAAGGCGACGAGGAGAAGGAAUUAGAACUCCCAGAAACGUUUUAUGGCGAUAUUGGAGCAGAGACACAAUUUCAGGUCGAAAGGAUAAUGUCGUCUUCCGGUUUGGGUGAUGUCAAGGAGGAUACUCCACUAUGUGACGACAUACCCCAAGUUGUCCCUUGUGGCGGCAGUGAAUAUCAACAGAGUCAGAAUCACACCACCCAGCACACGCAGACUCAGCACCACCAAGCUCAACUAACCCAAACUUAUAACCAAUUUGGUAAAAGUCAAUAUCCCGAAAGUCAAAGGCUCUCCACCCAACAACUUGAUGCUAUGGCACCUAGAUCAGACGCUUCCGAUAUAUUCAUCUGCAUAUAUCCUACCCACGUGGAAAACAUCAUAUCUCGCAAAAAGAACCACGAAUUUCGACCGUAUAACUUCCCAUCCACAGUAUCCCGUAUCUGGAUCUACCAGACCAAACCUGUAUCGACCCUGACUCAUAUGGCCGUCAUUAGUGCCCCGAAAUCACCUGGGGAGAUAACGAAUCAUGAUGGGCUCGGUAACGCCGAGUUUAAUAAAGGUGAUAAACGUUCCAAGGUUGCAUAUGAAAUCCUAGAAUUAUAUGCACUCGCAAACCCAAUGACCUUGAAAGAAUUGAAGAGUCGUCAAUGGGUCAAAGCGGUACCACAAAAAUAUGCUAGAGUACCACCUGCAGUCUUAAGUGAAUUGAUUGCGAAUUUGUUACCGCCUCUAUUCGUACAAUCUUUAUCGUCUCUUUCUCCCUCAGAAACAGAUGCUUCAGAAGGUACACAUUCAACGCCCAUUCUUCACCGAACAUCCAGCACGAGCACCGAAUCCCAUGAAAUACAAGAUCAAAUCACAAAUAAUGUUCAACAAUUUACGCAAGCACAAGCACCCCCAUCCUCACCUCCGCUCUCUACGCCAACUCCUGCAAUACAUGUACCGUCUUCACAGAAUCGUUCUGUAAAGCCAUCACAUGCUUCAAGUGUUGAUUACACGCAGACACAAACACCUAUUACACCGGAUCUUACACAUGGAGAAAGUCCUAUUAUGGAGGUGAUCCCAGAGUCACCGAUGAGAUCUAUUCCUUCCUCUUCGCGGGGGAGUACUCCGGUGUUGAUGUUGCCGCCGGUUAUGUCAAGGAGGGUAAUCGAGGUUGAGAGUCAGAAUGAGGAUGAGGAUGAGGGAGAAGAAGAUAAUCGCCCGGUUGUAGCGAUGGCACACAAGAGGAGGGUGAUUGAGAUUGAGAGCCAUAGUGAAGAUGAAGAAGAUGAAGAAGAGAACGAUGAAGCUGUGGAUGAGGAUGAGAACAAAGACAAAGACAAAGAUCACUCCCAACACAUUGGAGGAGACCAAGAACAAGAACCACACCACCUAUGCUCAACACCGCCCCCUUACUCUCUAAUCCACUCAUCCCAAGUCAUGUCACGUAGUCAAAUGAUGCGAGAGCAAGAUAGUUUGAUGGAGGAGGAAAUUAUGGGGCCACCUCCUUCAACCAUGUAUAGGCAUGAGGGAUCGAGCUGGGAUGAAGGAGGGGAUGAGGAGUUGUGAGUUGUGGAUGAGGAUAUGCGAAGGGUGGUGUAGAAGAACGGAAUAAGAGAGAAAAUGAGCUUUUGAUGGUCAAGCACGUUAUGUAGCUUUAUAUUGAUUUAUUAUAUACGGGGUUGGAUGGGUCUAGAAACUUGAUUACAGCACUACUGGAUAGUUCUAGAUUUGAUUACGUUGAUAUAGCGAGCGAGGGUAUAGUUUAUUAUUACCGCGAGAUCUCUUGUUUUCUCAAUAGUGAUAACUAAUUUAAAGUGUCGAUACUACCGUAAAGCACAGUUUGAAUGUGGUGCAUAAUUACUCAUUCACACAUGCCUCCAUGAGGUUUCCCAACUAUAUACCUACCGACUCCUUAUCCCAGGUUUCGAUUCCAAUUGUGUAGCCCAUCCAUACCUUUCAUGUUAUC